AUGGCAGAACAGGAAGAGCUGUCCCUAGAUUGGAGCGCAACCUUCGUCGUCGCCAGCCCGUCCACAUAUAAGUCGAGAGACCUCAGAGGCGACAAGAUUAUACUACCACAGUCAGCCCUAGAGCAGCUGCUUGCGGCUUCAACAACCUCGACAAGAUUUUCGCCAUCGACAUCCACGGCCUACGACCGGUCGAAUCCAUACGCGUCCCCCUUCGGUCGCUCCCAACAUGCAUUCCAGCCCGACUCACACCAACAGCUACCCAACCCGCUCAUGUUCCGCUUGGUCAACAAAGUCAACGGCAAUGCCGUUUACGCUGGUAUCCGCGAAUUCUCGGCCGAAGAAGGCGAGGUCAUCCUCAGCCCGUACCUGACGGAAGCUCUCGGCAUUGAUCACAAUACUAUGCCGGGUACGACCAAUGACAAAAUACCUGAGAGCGUAUCGAGCACGGAAGGCGCGCUGUCAGCUUCCAUAACUAUCCACGCAAGACGCUUGCCGAAAGGGACAUAUGUCCGUUUGAGACCCCUAGAGGCUGGAUAUAACCCAGACGAUUGGAAAUCCCUCUUGGAGCGGCAACUGCGGGAAAGCUUCACAACUCUGACCAAUGGCGCAUUUCUAGAAGUUCGGGGCGUCAAAGGCGAGAUUUUCCGAUUUCUCGUCGACAAAUUUCGACCAGAAGUAGACGGCAUUUGUGUGGUUGACACAGACUUGGAGGUAGACAUCGAGGCGCUCAACGAGGAGCAGGCCCGAGAGACAAUGCGACAGAUUCUAGCCAAGUCGCAAAAGGCCCAUGGUGCUGUCGGGCAAACUUCUAUUGGACAUGAGAUCAAUAUCUGGAAGGCCGUUGAGGGCCAGGUCUUGCCUGGCGACUAUGUUGACUAUGAGCUACCCUCCUGGAGCCGAUCACGGCCGGUUGAGAUUGAAUUAACUUGUUUGAGCUCAAAUCUUGCGGACGCGGUCGAUAUUUUUAUCAGUCCUAAAUCACGGCGACAACGUGCUGUUCCAAGGGAGACGGAGCAUGUUUUCGCAGCAUUUGAAGCUACACCUAACGGGACCAAGCGUGUGACGAUUCAACCUACCAAUGUCGAGUUGGAGGAGGCGGAAGCCGUUCUCGUCUCCGUUCAUGGCUAUAUCCCGCCAACUGGUCUGCCUACAGAACCUUUGGCAGUUCCGUUCAGACUUCGAGUCAGAUCCGUCACUGGAAGCUCGCCCACCCCAGCCGAGACGGCAAAACCCGAGCAGGAGACUCUAGAUGAUGAACAGUGCCAGAAUUGUCGCCAAUGGAUACCAAAGCAGACUAUUGUCCUGCAUGAAAACUUCUGCCGACGCAACAAUGUAGCCUGCCCCGAGUGUGGCGAGGUGUUCCAGAAGGCUUCAGCCGAAUGGUCAGACCACUGGCACUGUCCUCAUGAUCAGGCGCAUGGUUCAAAUGCGGCAAGCAGGGUCCGACAUGAUGAUAUCUACCACACACAGCGACAAUGUCCAUCAUGCCCGUUUUCGUCAAAUUCGAUACCCGAUCUCGCGCGCCAUCGGACGACACUGUGUCCUGGGAAGACUAUACUCUGCCAGUUCUGCCAUCUUGAAGUUCCGCAGGAGGGUGAUCCAUUUAACCCAUCUCCCGAAACUCUCCUCUCCGGACUAUCGGAGCACGAAAUAGAGGAUGGUGCCCGAACUACUGAUUGCCACCUCUGCGGCAAGAUUAUUCGCUUGCGAGAUAUGUCGGCGCAUUUGAAAAAUCACGAACUAGACAAGGCACACCGCAUAAAACCACAAAUAUGUCGAAAUGCCAACUGCGGACGCACUGUCCAUGGAGUGGGCCGGAACGGCUCUGUUGGUGCUGGCACGCAAAUGGGUCAGGGGCCUGGGAACGACCUUGAGCUCUGUUCCAUGUGCUUCUCGCCAUUGUAUGUCCAGUUCCACGAUCCCGAGGGCAAGGCGCUUCGUCGACGCAUCGAGCGGCGGUACCUCACGCAAAUGAUGCAAGGAUGCGGGAAGAAAUGGUGCACCAAUGAAUGGUGCAAGACAGGCCGAUCCAAUACGGGUCUCGAGAUCAAGGGCUCAAGUGCUCAAGCUGUGUUGCCCUUGAUCAAGCCGCUGAUGGAGUCGGUGCGGAACAACCAAGAGCCCAUGUACUUUUGCGUUGAUGAGACGAAUCAGCGCAGAAGGAAGCUGGCUGAGAUGAUUGCAGCAGAGAAGGCAUGGGAUCUUGAAUGGUGCAUUGCAGCAUGCGAGGCCGAAGGCCCCAUUCUGGAUAAAGUCCGUGAAUGGUUGCUCAACUGGGCUCCUAUGACGGCAUGA